CUACUAAGCUACGUGAUUGAGAUUUGUUCUGGCAUGGAGUAUCUCAGCAGUUGUUCUAUCAUUCAUAGAGAUUUAGCGGCGAGAAACUGCAUGUUAAAUUCUAACAUGACAGUGAAAAUUGCUGAUUUUGGUAUGGCACGUUUUAUAAACGAGGAAUCCUACUACAGACAGCAAAGUGACACACCUAUACCUGUCAAAUGGAUGGCUCCUGAGAGCUUGCUUCAAAAAAUCUAUUCUGAGAAGAGCGACGUGUGGUCUUUUGGCGUGACGUCGUGGGAAGUAUUCAGCUUGGGAAAAUCUCCUUAUGCAAACACGACUAAUGUUGGCAUUGUUGAUCACCUUCGGAACGGACAUAGAUUGCCUCCUCUUGCUGUUUGCCCUUCAAAUACAUUUGAAGUCAUUUACUCGUGCUGGCUUUGGGCUGAAAACGAAAGACCCACUUUCAAGAAUCUCUGGGAAAAGCUAAACAAACUUUUUGAUUGGCAUUUUGGUUAUCUGACUAUCGAAGAAAUUAGUUAG